UCAUCUGCGCAUGCUCAGUGCAGCCAAAGUCGGGAAUCUGGAGCGGUCACUGUUUCUGUCGUUACACCGGCAGCGGGGCCAUGGCCGGGGCCGGGAGCGCAGCGCGGGGGCUGCUCCAGUUCGGCAGCGCGGAGGCACCACAAAAGCAUCUGGCCUCUCUGGGAAAAGAGAGAGAAGCAGCCAAAGCCGAGGAGGAGCAGCAAAGCGAGGAGCUGCUGAAACAGAUGGCAGCCGAGAGGCAGAAGAUCGUCUGGAAGUGGAAGGAGCUGCGAGGGUUUUUGGAGGAGCAGGAGCAGCGGCUGCUGGCCCAGCUGGAAGAGCUAGAGAGAGCCAUUGUCCAGAGAAGGGAUGAGGGCAUCUGCAGCCUGUCCUGGGAGAUUUCCCUGCUCAGCGAGAGGGGAGGAGCGAAGGGGCAGCAGCAGCUGAGCCAACCCCUGCAGGGUGCUGGGAGCACUGGGGGCAGCAGGGAGGACGGGACGUUUCGGAAGCUAGAGCUGUCGUUUGCGGAGCUGGAGAAGAGACUCAGCGAUUUCUCUCUGAAAAGUGCCAUGCUGCAGGAGGUGCUGCUGGGAUUCAAAGAGAUGCUGCGACGGGGGCUGGGGAGCGACACAGCCAUCCCGAUGAUGAUUAAUUUCUGGGAAACAUCCUCAGCAGAAUUAUUUGAAGGUCUUGCACCAGACAGUAAAGGCACAGAGGCAGUGGCUUGUGGGAAAGAGGGCGGCAGAGUAACGCCCACCUUUGGCUUCAGAUUGUCCCAGCCUCCCAGGGGCCAGGGAAGGGAACUGGCUGUAGUGGAACCAGUCCAGGGGCCGGUGACCUUCGAGGAGGUGGCUGUGUAUUUCACUAGGGAAGAGUGGGCUCUGCUGGACCCCCGUCAAAGAGCCCUCUGCAGAGACGUCAUGCAGGAGAACUAUGAGAAUGUGACCUCGCUGGCAGGUGACACAAUGGUGUGUGAGAAAGAGGAGCAGAAUUCUCAGCAGGGAAAUGUUGAGCAAGUGGAUAAACACAGAGUAUUAUCGCAGAGAUUGAAAAGGAAUGUGUCCAAGAGUCAUGAGCCGGGAAACUCCUGUGAGAUUCAGCACAGAUCAGAAAGAGAGCAGGGAAACCAUCCAGGCAAGAAAGUGGGUAAAUGUAUUUCCUGUCAGGGAACUUGGACAGACCUCAACGAAACCACAAUACAGCAGGAAAUCCUCACGGGAAAGAGAAAAAAUACAUGCAUUGAAGGUGGGAAGAAUUUAUAUGACUACUCAGUCCUUAUAAAGCAUCAAAGAAUCCACACAGGAGAAAGGCCCUUUGAAUGCCGUGAGUGUGGGAAAUGCUUCACUAAGAGCUCAUCCCUUUCUGAACAUCAGAGAAUCCACACAGGGGAGAGGCCCUAUGAAUGCAGUGAGUGUGGGAAAAACUUCACUCACAGAUCAGGCUUUUUUCGCCAUCUGAGAAUUCACAGAGGGGAGAGGCCCUAUGAAUGCAAUGAGUGUGGGAAAAGCUUCAAUCGCAGCUCGCACCUUAUUAGGCAUCAGAUAAUCCACACAAGAGAGAGGGCCUAUAAAUGCAAUGAUUGUGGGAAAAGCUUCACUAAGAGUUCAGCCCUUUCUGAACAUCACAAAAUCCACACCGGGGAGAGGCUCUUUGAAUGCAGUGUGUGCGGGAAAACCUUCAAUCACAGCUCACACCUUAUUAGGCAUCGGAGAAUCCACACGGGGGAGAGGCCCUAUGAAUGCAGUGACUGUAGGAAAAGUUUCACUAGCAGCUCAACCCUCUCUGAGCAUCAGAGAAUCCACACAGGGGAGAGGCCCUAUCAAUGCAGUGAGUGUGGGAAAACCUUCAAUCGCAGCUCAAACCUUUUUACUCAUCAGAGAAUCCACACAGGGGAGAGGCCCUAUCAAUGCAGUGAGUGUGGGAAAACCUUCUCUUGGCUCUCAACUCAUGUUACCCAUCAGAGAAUCUGUCAGGGAGAUCAACACUAUAAAAACCUCUAGGGCUAUCAGUACUUUCUUUUUCUUUAAUAAUUUUCCUGGUUCCCACACAGUAACUUUUGAAGCUGUUUGAACUGUUUGCAGCACCAUUAUCCCUUAACUUGUCCAGAUGAAUGGCCCAUUUUUGCCUUUUUACAGUUUGCCCUGUUUUGAGGUAGACCAGUUUGUCCUUUCUACCAAUUCCAUUGUCUCAUGAGUAAUUCGAGUGUGCCCUUCCUAUCAAGAGCCAGGGAACUUCACAUUUAUACCAUUCCUCCUAUUACAAAGUUAUUGUUAGAGUCACCAGUGAUUCAGAUUGCCAGUUGUUCUCCCAUUGCUCUGGGUUGUGCUGAAGAGCAGUUCUAUUGGGAAUUUUUCAAAUUAUAUCUAAAUGAAGAGGAGCAGAGGCAGGAAAAAAAAUGUCAUUUCAGCCUCUGCGACACCAGAAGGAUACAGGGCGACUCAGAGAUUCCCUCCUUCCCCAUCACUGCAGAACUUACCUUUUGUCUGAGCCAGGCAGAGUUUAUCUUCAUCACAUUCUAUCCAUCCACUUUUCAAAGUGUCAUGUGAUGAAGCAUUCUCCGUUGCCUGUGCUUGGACAUGAUGGUUUGACUUCUUUAAUCCUAUAUCAGAGUCACUAUGAGUGCAGAUGUAAGUGUCAAAGACCUGGAAGGGGAAUUCAAAUGGAUCCCAAACACAGUCUGAUCAUUAGGAGUUUAAAUCCCAGGUUCCGUCUAUUGGUAAAGCCACUUCUUACAAGGUAGCUCUUUUGUCCCUCAUUAUGGGGAUACUAGGAUAUUAAAAAUGUUGUAAAUUACAUAACUGACUAUUGAGAUAGCGCUGAGUGAAGCAGGUUUGAAUGGAUCAGAGUAGUAUGUGAUGGGAGGAUCUCUUGUCUUGCUCUGGAAUUUCACUUGACACUUCCAUUGUCAUGUAUUCUGUCUCUCUGUGAUGUGGGUUUCUAUCUUUCCUGAAGACUGUUUGGUCAUCCAGUUGGAUAUUAGUUCAGUUUGAUAAGAUGUAGCUCAGAUUUAUUGGAGAAUUGAAGACAAAUGACCAUU